CCGCUCCGUCCCGCCGCGCUCCCCGUCAGCCCGCGUUGCCGCCGCCGCCGCCGCCAUGCCGGCCUACUUCCAGCGCCCCGAGAAUGCCCUGAAGCGGGCCAACGAGUUUCUCGAAGUUGGAAAGAAACAGCCCGCCCUUGAUGUUCUUUAUGAUGUUAUGAAAAGUAAAAAACAUCGAACAUGGCAAAAGAUACACGAGCCUAUUAUGCUGAAGUACCUAGAGCUCUGUGUGGAUCUUCGCAAGAGUCACCUGGCUAAGGAAGGAUUGUACCAGUACAAGAAUAUUUGCCAGCAGGUGAACAUCAAAUCCUUGGAAGAUGUAGUUAGGGCCUAUUUGAAGCUCGCAGAAGAAAAAACAGAAGCUGCUAAAGAAGAAUCCCAGCAAAUGGUCUUAGAUAUAGAAGACCUGGAUAAUAUUCAAACUCCGGAGAGUGUUCUUUUGAGUGCCGUAAGCGGUGAAGAUACUCAGGAUCGUACCGAUCGACUGCUUCUGACUCCUUGGGUUAAAUUUCUGUGGGAAUCCUACCGCCAGUGUUUGGACCUUCUUCGAAACAAUUCUAGAGUGGAGCGCCUCUACCAUGAUAUUGCCCAGCAAGCUUUCAGAUUUUGCCUGCAAUAUACCCGUAAGGCCGAAUUCCGUAAAUUAUGUGACAACCUGAGGAUGCAUUUAACUCAGAUCCAACGCCACCACAAUCAGAGUACCGCAAUCAAUCUCAAUAAUCCUGAGAGCCAGUCGAUGCAUCUGGAAACCAGGCUUGUGCAGCUGGACAGUGCCAUCAGCAUGGAACUCUGGCAGGAAGCUUUCAAAGCAGUGGAAGAUAUUCACGGGUUAUUUUCCCUGUCUAAAAAACCUCCUAAACCCCAGUUGAUGGCUAAUUACUAUAACAAAGUGUCUACUGUCUUUUGGAAAUCUGGGAAUGCCCUUUUCCAUGCAUCCACUCUCCAUCGACUUUAUCACCUGUCCAGAGAAAUGAGAAAGAAUCUCACUCAGGAAGAGAUGCAAAGAAUGUCAACGAGAGUUCUCUUGGCCACACUGUCCAUUCCUAUUACUCCUGAGCGUACUGACAUUGCCCGUCUUCUGGAUAUGGAUGGCAUCAUAGUAGAAAAGCAGCGACGUUUAGCAACGCUUUUGGGCCUUCAGGCCCCACCCACCCGCAUUGUUCUUAUCAACGAUAUGGUGCGAUUCAAUGUACUGCAAUAUGUUGUUCCGGAAGUGAAAGACCUUUACAAUUGGUUGGAAGUGGAAUUCAAUCCACUAAAACUAUGUGACCGAGUUAAAAAGGUUCUAAACUGGGUGAAAGAGCAAGCCGAAAAGGAGCCUGAAUUGCAACAGUAUGUUCUGCAACUGCAAAACAACACCAUUCUCAGACUUCUGCAGCAGGUGGCACAGAUUUAUCAGAGCAUCGAGUUUUCUCGUUUGGCUUCUCUAGUUCCUUUUGUUGAUGCUUUCCAGUUGGAACGAGCUAUCGUAGAUGCAGCCCGACACUGUGACUUACAGGUUCGCAUUGAUCAUACUUCUCGAACGUUAAGUUUUGGAUCAGACUUGAAUUUUUCCACUCGAGAAGAUGCCCCAGUCGGUCCUCAUCUGCAGAGCAUGCCUUCUGAGCAGAUUAGAAAUCAGCUGACUGCUAUGUCUUCAGUUCUUGCAAAGGCCCUGGAAGUCAUUAAACCUGCUCAUGUACUGCAAGAAAAGGAAGAACAGCACCAGCUGGCCGUGACUGCUUAUGUAAAAAAUUCAAGGAAAGAGCAUCAACGUAUUCUGGCUCGCCGUCAAACCAUUGAGGAGAGGAAGGAACGCCUUGAGAGUCUGAACAUUCAGCGUGAGAAAGAAGAGUUGGAGCAGCGGGAAGCUGAACUUCAGAAAGUCCGCAAAGCUGAGGAGGAACGUUUGCGCCAAGAGGCGAAAGAGAGGGAGAAAGAACGCAUCCUACAGGAGCAUGAACAAAUCAAAAAGAAAACCGUGCGCGAGCGCUUGGAGCAGAUUAAAAAGACGGAAUUGGGGGCUAAGGCCUUCAAAGAUAUUGAUAUUGAAGACCUGGAGGAAUUGGAUCCGGAUUUCAUUAUGGCCAAACAAGUUGAACAACUUGAGAAAGAAAAGAAGGAACUCCAGGAACGUUUGAAGAAUCAGGAAAAGAAGAUUGACUACUUUGAAAGAGCAAAACGUUUGGAGGAAAUCCCUCUUAUAAAAAGUGCCUAUGAAGAGCAGAGAGUGAAAGAUAUGGACCUUUGGGAACAACAGGAAGAAGAAAGAAUUACUACUAUGCAGUUGGAACGGGAAAAGGCCCUUGAGCACAAGAGUAGGAUGUCACGAAUGCUGGAAGACCGAGAUUUGUUUGAAGAGAGACUCAAGGCAGCACGGCAGUCUGUUUAUGAGGAGAAACUGAAGCAGUUUGAAGAGCGGCUCGCUGAAGAAAGACGGAAUCGCUUGGAGGAGCGCAAAAAACAACGCAAGGAGGAACGUCGCAUCACUUACUACAGAGAAAAAGAGGAGGAGGAGCAGAGGCUGGCCGAGGAACAGAUGAUUAAGGAGCGUGAAGAGAGAGAACGUGCCGAGCGUGAAAAACGUGAAGAAGAGCAACGAGAAUAUCAGGAGCGGGUCAAAAAACUGGAAGAGGUGGAGCGGAAAAAACGCCAGAGAGAGUUAGAAAUUGAAGAACGAGAACGUCGGCGAGAAGAGGAGAGGAGGAUUUCUGAUGACCCGCUUUCUAGAAAGGAUUCUCGUUGGGGUGAUAGAGACUCCGAAGGCACAUGGAGGAAAAGCGCUGAACCCGAAGCUGAAUGGAGACGAGGGCCACCAGAAAAAGAGUGGCGGCGCGGAGAAGGGCGUGAUGAAGAGAGACCUCUCCGAAGAGAUGAGGACCGACCGAGGCGGGCAGGAGACGACGAAGAGAAAGAGCCGCCCGCCAGAGCGGAUGAAGAGCGGGUCCCUCGCCGUGGGCUGGAUGAAGAGCGGGUCCCCCGCCGCGGGCUGGAUGAAGAGCGGGUCCCCCGCCGCGGGCUGGAUGAAGAGCGGACCGGGUCCCCCCCCCGGCGGGGCGCCGACGAGGAUCGGUUCCCCCGGCGGGGCGCGGACGAGGACCGGGGUUCUUGGCGGAACGCGGACGAGGACCGGCCCCCGAGGCGCGCGGCCGAAGAGGAUCGGGGGCCCUGGCGCCCCGCCGAGGAUGACAGGCCCCCCAGGCGCGGGCCCGACGAGGAGCGGGGCAGCUGGCGCAACACGGACGAGGACCGGGGCCCCCGGCGCGGAGUCGAGGAAGAUCGAGGGCCGAGGCGCGGGGCCGAGGAGGAGAGGUCGUCUUGGCGCAACACCGAGGACGAUCGCGGUCCCAGGCGCGGCCUGGACGAAGACAGGGGUCCGAGGCGCGGUCUGGAUGACGACAGGGGACCUUGGAGAAACAUGGAUGACGAUCGAGGCCCCAGGCGCGGGGCCGAGGAGGAGAGGGGUCCGUGGAGAAACAUGGAUGACGACAGACCGAGGCGUGGUGACGAUGACAGAAUUCCCAGGCGCGGGGAUGAUUCUAGACCCGGUCCUUGGAGGCCAUUCGGGAAACCAGGUGGAUGGCGGGAGAGAGAGAAGGCCAGAGAAGACAGCUGGGGUCCACCCAGGGAAUCCAGACCUUCUGAAGACCGUGAAUGGGAUAGAGAGAAAGAGAAGGAUAGAGAUCAAGAUCGGGACGAGAAUGACAAAGAUCACGAAGGAGACCGAGAUGUCGAUCGUGAGGAUCGCUUCAGGCGCCCCAGGGAAGAGGCUGGUUGGAGAAGAGGACCGGCCGAGGAAGCCUCUAGCUGGAGGGAUUCGAAUCGACGUGACGAAUGGGAUCGAGAUGACCGUCGUGGUCGUGACCGAGACGAUCGCGGAGGCCGGGACUUGAGAGAUCGGCGCGGUGACGACAGAGACAGGAGAGGACCGCCUCUCCGAUCGGAACGUGAAGAAACAAGUUCGUGGCGACGCACCGAGGAGCGGAAGGAUGAACGCGGAGAAGAGCGCGACGCUCCACGCCGCAUCCCUCCUCCCGCCCUUUCACGGGAGCGGGAGAGAGACGGCGAGAAGGAGAGAGGGUCGUGGCGGUCGGAAAAGGAACGGGAGUCCCUUCGUCGCACUAAAAAUGAGACUGACGAAGAUGGAUGGACCACUGUGCGGCGUUAAGUCACAAGCUCCACGCGGUCUCAACCGGUGUUUUAUCCUAGAUUUGAUCAUAUUCAGAAAUUAUAUUUGUGCUUAAACCCUUCGGAAUCGAGGUUCUUUAAAUGUUUCACCGUAAUAUGAAAAGCAUGAACUUGUGUUUAAUCCUAUAUAGAUCGAUCACGCACCGUACCCACAGCGGAAGAUGGGGGCAAUCGAAUGCCGUUUUCUGAAAUCUGAAGCGUUUCAUUAAUUGGCAGAUCAUUUGUGUGUUCUUUUAAAAUCCAACCCCAAAACACAACCAAAAUAAACGAAAACUGUGAACCCUGCAGGUAUUGAGUAGCACCUGUGUUUCAGUAUAAAGCUGAACGUUUUCUUUUAAAAGUCAGAAGAGCUAAUUGAAAUUUGGAGUGAAGGGAAAAUGUAUCCUCGGGCCAAGCAUUGAGAAUCUUUCUGUGAAACAGUCAAGAGAUUUUUUUUUGAGGGGGCUUAGCAUUAUCCGAAUCUAGAAAGCUCAUAAGUUCACGUUGCGUGCCGUAUACAUUAUAAACUUUAGUUACAGUGGGGUUUCGGGGAGAUUUUUACGUGACUGCAGGGGCCUGUUCACGGAGCAGCAAUCCGCUCGUCCUGCUGACGACGCCAACGCAGUUACAGAGCGAAGCAAGAAACAGCCUUUUAAAUUGGAAGCCUUGGGGUAAGCCUUCUGCUAAGAAUGUUUUCUGUUGCCAAUAGCAUAACUGCUUUUCCAGUCACCGAGAACUUUUAAGCAUUUUAAACCUGAUAAUAUUUAUAACUGUGUGGGGCUUUCUGUUGAGAUUUUUUUUCUUCAAUUUUCUUUGUCUUCAGUAUAGCUUUUUUUCUCUUCCCCCCCUUUCAACAAGUACUUUGUAGUAAUGGCUGUGUUGACUUCAGUCUUGGUACAGUAGCUCUAGCAAUCGUUAACCAUUUGGUCUUCAUGGAAGCCAACACAGAACUUGCUGCUGUAUUUUUUUUCUUCAGUGAUAAAAAUAAACUACUUAGAGAAUUAUAGUCUUGAUUUUUAA